AUGGCGCAGCUAAAAGUCCUCAUCGUCGGAGGGGGCAUUACUGGCCCUGCUCUAGCCCAUUGGCUCUCGAAGGCGAACUGCGAUAUCACCAUCGUGGAGCGAGCGCCGGACCUGCGUGCUUCGGGUCAACAGAUAGACCUCCGGGGUGAGGGCGUGGCCGUCAUGCGCAAAAUGGGCAUCGAGGCCGCUGUCAGGGCCAAGGUCGUCCAGGAGGAAGGCACAGAGUUCGUCGACAAGAAUGGCCGGAGACAGGCAUACUUUGGAGCCAACAAGACCGGCCAGGGCAGGCAGAGCCUCACAUCAGAGUUCGAGAUCAUGCGAGGUGAUCUGGUGCGCAUCCUAUACGACCUGACCAAGGACAACUGCAAGUACGUCUUUGGGAACUCGGUGGAAGACCUUGAACAGACCGGCAAUGGGGUGCGCGUCAGAUUCUCGGACGGCAAGGAGGACGACUUCGACUUGGUGGUUGGUGCAGACGGCCAGAGUUCCAGGACGAGGAGGAAAGCAUGGGGCCCUGAUGCGAAGGACCCAUUCAACUUCCUGCAGCUCUACCUCGCCUACUUCACCGUGCCGAAGGGAAAACAGGAUACAAUGACAGCGAAGAUCUUCCACUUGCCCGGCCGUCGUGCCAUAGCCACCAGAGUCGACAACCCGAAGACCAUGCAGGUCUACCUCGGCUAUUACGAAAAGGGUGGCCACGCGAUGGAGGACGCACUGCGGAGCGGCGACGUGAAGAAGCAGAAGCAGUUAUGGGCUGACAUGUACAAGGACGGCGGCUGGGAAACCCCGAGGCUGGUAGACAGCAUGCUCAACUCCCCGGAGGCGGAUGAUUUCUACUUCCAGAAGAUCGGCCAGGUCAAGCUGGACAAGUGGUCUCGGGGUCGUGUUGUCCUGGUCGGUGAUGCCGGCUACACACCUUCUCCCCUGACCGGGAAAGGCACUUCACUUGGUCUCAUCGGCGCCUAUGUCCUCGGUGGCGAGCUCACCAGACACCUCGAAAACAGCAAAGACCCUGGACAGGCAGUCGAUGAAGCCAUUGAAUCCUACGAAAAGAUUCUUCGCCCAUGUGUCGACAAGGCGCAGGAGCUGGCGAGGGGUGUUCCAUCUAUCGCAUAUCCUGAGACCGAAUGGGGCGUAUGGUUUCUCCACCUUGUCGUGAAGAUCCUCAGCACCCUCCGCAUCGACAAGCUCGUCGAGCGCUUCUCAUCAGACAAUUUUGCCGGAGAUUGGAAGCUUCCAGAUUAUCCUGGAUUGCAGUAA